UGUUGUUGUGAAGCAGCAGGCGAGGCGUGGAUUCCGUAGUCGCUAACCUGUGCGAUCGUAGCUCGUGUUGUUCCCACUUACUCGCAACAAACAUGAAUUUCGCACCAAAGAUGAGCGACGAUCACACCCUAGAAGUUAUUCCGAUGGCCGACAUCACGCUGGAGGGUUCUAAGGUGCUAGGAGGUACGAUCAUAGACCCGUGGUACGCCGCCUACAUGAUGCUGCUGUCGAUGCUAUUCUUUCACUUGUGUAACCGCGUCGCCGGAUACAUGGACAUUCCGAAGGCCGUCGUGGCCGCUAAUGAGCAGUGGCGAUGGAAGAAUAUCUGCGUGUCGUGGAUCCACGCCCUCACCGCUGGACUCUGGUCCGUUCUCCUGAUGUAUUACCACCAGACAUGCUCGAAGACCUCUACACGUACAAAUCGGCGUCGGCGUUCGCUCUUAGUGCAUUCUCCACCGCGUAUUUCUUUUACGACUUCAUCGAUAUUAUAUUCGGCAUUGGCUUUAUCACGCACUGGGAGGUGUGCAUUCAUCACAUUCCCGUGUGUAUCGGCAUGCUGUACAACGUCAUGUGCGCCGGCUACAUCGGCUAUCACGCGAUGGUGCUCUCGCUCGAGGUGAACAGUGUCUUCCUGCACAUCCGUAAGAUCAUGCACAUGACGCAGGCGUACGGACCGCACUCGUGGCAGUACCGGCUCAACGCUCUGCUUAACCUCGUCACGUUCGCCAUCUCCGCUUCGGAACGCUGGUGUGGAUAGAUUACGGGCUGUACACGUACUGGGACGCCGUGCCGCGCGGCUACUGGUGGUUCCUGCUCACCGCGACCAUGAUGGUGUUCCUCAUCAACAUCGUCCUCUUCCGUCGCCUCGUCAUCAACGAUUUCCUCAAGAAGCGUCCGAGGAACCAGAGCUUCAUCGAGGACCUCUACAGCAAUGACAGCAUCACCGGCCCCAUCGCCAAUGGCGACGUCGUCGUUGCCGCGGGCGACGGGAAGCGGACGCGGCCAGCCGAACGCCGCGAUAACGUCACCAGGGCGCCGCCUGGCGGUGACAGCGAUGCCACGAAGAAGCGCGUGUGAUGGCCUGUGCGAGUGUAACGUGUAGUAUAUAUUAUAUAUUAUCUACCUAAAUAUAUAUAUAUACGUUACGUAUAUAUACGUAUGUUUUACAGUUGCAGAGUAAUUUUAUUAAUUAUUUUUAAAUCGUGAAUUGGUGUCCAGUAUUUUGUACUGAAUUUUUUGCCUGAAAUUCUACGUUUUUUAAUGAUCCAAGGGCCUUAGAGAGUGAAUCUAUUUUGUGCGUAGAUUAUCGAGUAAUAAUCAUGGUUUGCAUCUGUCACCGUGUGUCCUUCUUCGUCGACGCAGGCACCACGCGUGUGCCUGAGCGAUGACCACGCUAAUUGACCUACCACAGCCACCGUCGGACAUCACUGCUGCGUCGCGCAAGCUCGGCCGCUGUACGCAGUGUUUUUCACACGCGCACGCUAAAAUGACCGACUCUGUAGCACUACUUUUAGAAUGCCCGCACGGCAACGAUUGGCUAGCGCCGCCCAUCGAUCCCGCGAAGCUGAUAGAUCGAUUUCGGUCGCGCGCGGGGGAGUCACGUGUCCUGCCGCCGGCGUACGGUAACUGACGCAUGGCGCGCGGGGCGAGGGGGGCAGGUGGGUGACCAGACAUACGUGAAUACACUGCGCUGAUCGCUAGCACCGACGACGGCUCGUCUACCGGUGAUACUUCUCUAUCGAGCCGCUCACGUUUUUGUAUUUUGCGCUACGACAAUUCAACGGCGGGGCAAUCAAUGGUGUGCUGCUCUAUUUAUAUAAAUCGCGUCUUCUAACCAGUAAGCACUGAUGUCUAUUGUUCUGUCUGACGCUGAGGUGUGUCCAAGAAUGUCGAAUAUUUUAUAUAUAAUUUCGUAGCUGCCUAUAGAUAGCAAAUAUUUUUUUAGACAUUGGAGGCCUACCAAAGAUUUUGUACUGGUAAUCCCUGUACGUGUGUGGGUCCUGUUUUGAUGGAGCGAUGCUAUAGUUCUCUCUCUCUCUCUCUCUCUCUCUCGCUCUCCCUCCCAUCUUUCUUUCACACCCUCUCUGCCUCUCAACCUUCCUCGCUCUCUCCCCUCUCUCUGUAAUCGCCCCCCUGGGGUAACCGACCACUGCUAUUACAAUGUGAGCUUUCAGGGCUUCAGGGAUAAAUGCUGUGAUGACCUGGCCACUGGCCUGAGCUAAAAUGCUAUCUUCGCGCCGCUGCAGGCUAGCAUCCCCACACAUCGAUGCAGUGUGGGCUCUUACAUCCUCGUACCGUCACCCAGGGCCUGCUGUCAGAUACACCGUGAGUAGUGAAGAUACCCCCCUCCACCCGAGUCUGAAAUAUUACGACUUUGUGAGCGAAGUGCUGU